UCUCCCCUCCCUCUCCUUCCUGCUUCAUCUCUUCAAGAAAGUGAACAUAAAGUAAAAACACGGAGAGAGAGAGGCAGAGAGAGAAAAAGCUCCCUGAAGAGGGAAGCCCCAGCAGCCAGUAGCUGUUUGGAUUUGCCUGGCACUGCCUUUCUUGCUUUGCUCCCAAGGAAUACCUUUAAUGGGAUCAGUUGCUUCAGUUCAUUUAUAACCAAGUCCACCGGAAAGGCAGACUCAGCAUAUUAUGGGCAACUGUGUGAAGUCUCCACUGAGAAACCUCUCAAAAAAGGAUAGAGAACUGCGUCCGGAAGAAAUAGAAGAAUUAAGAGAAGCCUUUAAGGAGUUUGAUAAAGACAAGGAUGGGUUUAUUAACUGCAGGGACCUGGGGAACUGCAUGCGAACCAUGGGCUACAUGCCUACUGAGAUGGAGCUAAUAGAGCUUUCCCAGCAGAUCAACAUGAACCUGGGUGGCCAUGUGGAUUUUGAAGAUUUUGUUGAGCUGAUGGGACCAAAGCUGCUGGCAGAAACUGCAGACAUGAUUGGUGUAAAAGAGCUCCGCGAUGCCUUCAGAGAGUUUGACACCAAUGGUGAUGGGGAGAUCAGCACCAGCGAGCUGCGAGAAGCCAUGAAGAAGCUUCUAGGGCAGCAGGUGGGCCAUCGGGAUAUUGAAGAGAUCAUCCGGGACGUGGAUCUGAAUGGAGACGGGCGUGUCGAUUUUGAAGAGUUUGUUCGCAUGAUGUCCCGCUGAAGACAAUUCUCACCUCAAGAAGAAUCAGCACCUUAGAGAGGGCAGAAGAGGACCUAGAUGGAGCAUCUAGCCCCGAUGUUCCCACGUGAAGGUUUAUCGGCUGGCUGCAAUCGGGACAUUGCAAGAUGACCUGCUGCUCCUCCCUCAUGGUGGUCCCCAUGCCCCUCCACCCUUUCACACUGUGAAAGACUUGCAACUUCCUACAACUGGAACCAUUCCUUGGAGAUGAUUGCAGAAAACUGCAGAGCCAGGACUUGCCAUGAUGCUUUCAUGGGAUAUUUGCAACUUUAGACUCCUCCUCCCUAGCUUUAUUCUCCCACCAGCUGCUGCAAAGGAAGAGCAGGAGAAAUCCUCUUGGCUUGGUGGUUGAGAGCAAAGUCAUUGGGACUGGUGGCAGCCUCAGGGCGUGCUCUGCACUUCUUGGUUUCCCUUGGUGAACCGUGUCUGUGUUUGCUGUCUGUGUGUGUCUAUCUGUGUGGAGUUAUUUAUGCUUCCCCGGCACGUAUUCGCAUCUCCUGUGGUUAUGUUUACCAAGAGUAAAUUCAAAUACAUGUCUUGC